UAUGUAACUGCCAAGUUACAUCAUUACAUAAUUGCCCAUUACAUAACUGCCAAACCACUGAGAAUCAUGGCCCAGCCAAGUGGACACAUAACCUUAACCGUCAGAGCAGUUACUCCUGCCUUACACCUCGGGUACUUUGUUACUGCCAGAUGUAUGUCGUUAAUGCACAAAAUAGUAGGAUAGUAGAUUUUUUACUGUUGUCAUGAUUGCAAAAUGUUGGAUAAUGAGAUAGUCGAUAAGUGAGGAGAAGGUGUAUUAUAAUCUAUAUCUAUUUCCUUUUGAUUAAGAAAAAAAUGAUAUUAAUUAAUCAUGAUCUUGAAAUCUGCUUUGGUAUUGGGAAGGCCUCAGAGAACCCUAGCCGUAAGGACAGGUGUGCUCAGUGAUAUUGUGUAUGCCUAAAACUUCUUUGUUUCAGGCAGUUUGGAGCAUGUGAACACACUCUGAGCCUUGAUGAGUUCCAGUAUGUGGUAUAUUAUGCAGAGCAUUCAGAGCAAAUACUCUCUCUCAGAGCGCUUAAUCCGAACAAUCGCUGCCAUCCGUUCCUUCCCACAUGAUAAUGUAGAGGACCUCAUCAGAGGGGGAGCAGAUGUGAACUGUACCCAUGGCACACUGAAGCCCCUGCACUGUGCCUGUAUGGUGUCAGAUGCUGACUGUGUGGAGUUACUCCUGGAAAAAGGAGCCGAGGUAAAUGCCCUGGAUGGUUACAACCGAACAGCCCUCCACUAUGCAGCUGAGAAAGAUGAGGCUUGUGUGGAGGUCCUGUUGGAGUAUGGUGCAAACCCCAAUGCACUGGAUGGCAACAGAGAUACCCCACUUCACUGGGCAGCCUUUAAGAACAAUGCUGAGUGCGUACGUGCUCUCCUAGAGAGUGGAGCCUCUGUCAAUGCCCUGGAUUACAACAAUGAUACACCUCUCAGCUGGGCUGCCAUGAAGGGAAAUCUUGAGAGUGUCAGCAUUCUUCUUGAUUACGGUGCAGAGGUCAGGGUCACCAACCUCAAAGGCCAAACACCCAUCUCCCGCCUGGUGGCUCUGCUAGUCAGGGGACUUGGAACAGAGAAAGAGGACUCUUGCUUCGAGCUCCUCCAUAGAGCUGUUGGACACUUUGAAUUAAGGAAAAAUGGCACAAUGCCACGAGAAGUGGCCAGAGACCAGCAGCUGUGUGAAAAACUGACUGUUCUGUGCUCAGCCCCAGGAACUCUAAAAACACUCUCUCGCUAUGCUGUGCGCCGUAGCCUGGGACUCCAGUAUCUGCCAGAUGCAGUGAAGGGCCUUCCACUGCCAGCUUCUUUGAAGGAAUAUCUGUUACUUGUAGAAUAACAUGGAGAAGAUGCUUGUACCACCAUGUAGGCAACUCUGGGCAAGGUUUUCCCCUGCAGUACUGUCUCUUUGGCAUGGAAAACCAGAAAAGCAGUUCUUGCUGUGUGGUUUAUAGAUUUUGAGGCAACAUGUCACAAUAAUAACCUCCAUACCACCUCCCCUCUCCAAACCAACCAACCAAACAAAACAACAACAACAACAAAAUCCCUCACUUUUGUUUUCUGUUUAUUGCUUACUUAGCUUUCUAUAUUGCACUCUGCAAAAGAGAGGUCUCCCCCACUUACCCCUUUAGGGAAAGAGUCAACAGUGCAACUGAAUUUCUGUAGGAAGAUGAAAAAUAUUUAAAGAAUAUGUUUGAUUUUCCUUGGGGACAUGAUUAACCCUCUAGAAGAAUCCCUCUAGAAUCAUAUUAAUUAUUCUGUGAAGAAAUUUAAGAGAAUCACAAUUCCAGCAAACAACAAUUAUGACCCAAAGAUGAAGACACUGCAGUCUCAAAUGGUACGCUGAUUCGGCGUCGGGCUUGACGACAUCCCUGGAGUGCCACAUCAUGGGGCAUUCAGAAGGGACUGCCCCCCCCACCAGAGGAGAUAGCAGUCUUUGCCUCUUUUUCAUGGGUGUGCCCAAGGGUUACAGUAGUUCAGCAACGUUAUUUUAGAAGGAUUGUCUUGGCUGCUUUCCCCCAUUAGAAAAGAUAGAUUCUAAGCAAUCCUAAGAACUCUCGUUUUCUUCUAAUGUAGCUCUUUUUCUUCCUCAAAGCUAGUUUGCUCUAAUGGGAUUAGCAGGCAUUUCUUGCACCUUAGAAUAAAGUGUUUGCUCUAGCAGGAGAGAAAUUAUGGGCUGGGCUGCCUUUUCCUAACGGUCUUCUUCAUUCCCUAUGGAAAGCUCACUCUGCUAGGAGGUUGGAAUUAUUUUUCUUUCAUUUGUUUUGGAAACUUUGCUUUUUAUUUAUCUAUACAAGACUAGGGAGGGGGAUUGGGGAAGGAGUAGGGGAAGAGUUAUAAGAGCUUCUUUUGAAACAACCCAUCUACCCAAAAAAUAUGUUUUAGUCAAUAAUACUUAGUUAUAAUACUCUUCCGUGUUCGUAAACUAGAUCAAGUUGUUAUUGAUCUAAGAUGACCUGUAUGCAAAUUUGAAGAACUUUUUUUUUUUUUUUUUUAAAGCUGAUUGG